UCUAUGGAGUAAGAGUUUUGACUCGGUGUUGAUAUUAGACUCCUUUACUUUUCAACAUCUACCCAGAAAGAGCCACCCACCACCACUUGUUCUUCAUCUAUUUGAGUUUCAUGCUUCUCAUGAUCCAUUCUGCAAUUUUUCAACUCUCUGGUUUUAUAGUAUAAUCAUUUUGUUUUGCAAAUCCAUCUGGCGAACAUUAUUUUGCUAGAUGAGUUAAGAUACAUCCUCCAAAAGCUGCCAUUUUUCUCUCCGGGUCGUCAGCAUUUCAGCUAAAUUAGCUAAAGUUCGGAUCUUUCUUCUCUGGGUCGUCGGAAUUUGAGCUCAAAAUCAUGGGCAAUUGUUUUGCCAAGAACCAUGGAUUGGUGAAGCCUCAGCAAAAUGGGCAGACUAGAUCAGUUGAAAUUGAUCACCGAGGAGGAGGGACCCACCAAGAUCCGCCGUCGUAUACUCCACAGCCGAGAAGCCAGACGCCGGAGAAACCAGCCUCCCAACCACCACCGUGGAGAAUGGCGGCAGCAGCACCAGGACCAAGCCCCAAAGCCACAAAGAGCAAUUCGAUUCUAGAGAACGCUUUCGAAGACGUGAAGCUGUUCUACACUCUGGGGAAAGAGUUAGGUCGAGGGCAGUUCGGGGUCACGUAUCUGUGCACAGAGAAUUCGACGGGGAAGAAAUACGCUUGCAAGUCGAUCUCGAAGAAGAAGCUGGUGACGAAAGCUGAUAAGGAUGAUAUGAGGAGAGAGAUCCAGAUAAUGCAGCAUCUGAGUGGGCAGCCUAAUAUUGUUGAGUUUAAAGGAGCUUAUGAGGAUGAGAAGGCUGUGAAUCUGGUGAUGGAGCUUUGUGCUGGUGGUGAAUUGUUUGAUAGGAUCAUUGCUAAGGGACAUUACAGCGAGAGAGCUGCUGCUUCUAUCUGUAGACAGAUUGUGAAUGUUGUCAAGAUUUGUCAUUUCAUGGGUGUGUUGCAUAGAGACUUGAAGCCUGAGAAUUUCUUGCUCUCUAGCAAAGAUGAGAAGGCUUUGAUCAAGGCUACUGACUUCGGCUUGUCUGUCUUUAUUGAAGAGGGAAAAGUAUAUAGAGAUAUUGUUGGGAGUGCAUAUUAUGUUGCUCCUGAAGUCUUACGUCGCAGAUAUGGGAAAGAAGUUGAUAUAUGGAGUGCUGGAAUCAUAUUAUACAUUCUACUCAGUGGUGUGCCCCCGUUUUGGGCUGAAACCGAGAAAGGGAUAUUUGAUGCUAUACUGGAAGGCCAUAUCGACUUUGAAAGCCAACCGUGGCCGUCAAUCUCCAGUAGUGCCAAAGAUUUGGUGCGUAGAAUGUUGACUGCGGAUCCAAAAAGGCGGAUUUCUGCUGCUGAUGUUCUUCAGCAUCCAUGGCUUAGAGAAGGUGGAGAAGCAUCGGACAAGCCGAUUGACAGCGCUGUUCUCUCAAGGAUGAAGCAAUUCAGAGCAAUGAAUAAGCUAAAGAAACUUGCUCUAAAGGUCAUAGCGGAGAAUAUUAACACAGAAGAAAUCCAAGGAUUGAAGGCAAUGUUUGCUAAUAUAGACACAGACAACAGUGGCACAAUCACGUAUGAAGAACUGAAAGAAGGUUUAGCCAAAUUGGGAUCUAAACUCACAGAAGCAGAAGUGAAGCAGCUCAUGGAUGCUGCUGAUGUUGAUGGAAACGGGUCGAUCGACUACAUCGAGUUUAUCACUGCAACAAUGCAUAGGCACAGGCUUGAAAGCAAUGAGAAUCUUUACAAAGCUUUCCAGCAUUUUGACAAAGACAGCAGCGGAUACAUAACAAUAGACGAGCUGGAAGUCGCAUUGAAGGAAUAUGGAAUGGGAGAUGAUGAAACAAUCAAAGAAGUUCUCUCAGAUGUCGACUCUGAUAACGAUGGUAGAAUCAACUAUGAAGAGUUCUGCGCGAUGAUGAGAAGUGGAAAUCCGCAACAACCGAAACUGUUCUAGGGGACUUUACUCCUGGACUAAAAGUCUUUUUGUUUGUUUUCGAGAUGAAGAGGAGAGACAGAAAAACCUUUGGGGACGUAUUGUAUCUAAUCUAGAAAGACAGGAGCUGUAUUAAUGUUUGUUCAGACAAAAACCACGUAAGAGGAAGAUACUCAAAACUCUGAUUGCUUGUGUUUUGUAUUUUUUUUUUGUUUUCUUUUCUUCUUCUGUUUUGUCCUUUGUGUUUGUACCAAGGCUGUUGUGAUAUAAGAGAAAGAGAAGGAUUUCAUAUUUUUUCAAGUU